UGGUUUGUUUUUUUUUCUUGAAAAAUGUCCACUUUUUUCCUAAUUAUUUUAACUUUAUUCUCCUAAUAGUUUGACUAUUCACAUCAAAGGAUGUGAAAUGUGUUUUUUUUUUUCAGUUUCCCUGUUUAAUUGUAUUUUUAGAAUGAGCCGAGGGCCAUUAAAAAAACAGCUAUGGGCCGUAAACGGCCCCGAGGCUGCACUUUGGACGCCCCUGCUGUAAACGUUGCAAAAAUAUCCACGUUGAGAACAAAUGUUUUCAUUUUCAUAUCAUCAAACACCCAAAGAGGACAUUCCUGUUCAAACCGUGUCCAUCAGGCAUUCUGUGCCUUUUGCACAGAACUUGGCAAAUGUGUGCACUUUUACGUGUUUGUCCAACAACAACAACUGCUUUCAACACAAAAUCGAGUGUCAGGUGUUCAACUUGACAGUCAUGUCCUGGUUUUCCCUUUACUCUAUUCCCUUUCACACAGGCGUCCUGCCUCUGUUACGACUCUGAUAGUAGGUGCUGUGUGCAGUUCAAUAGUCCUUCCUGUGUACAUUUAUUAUCGUGUUAUAGCUCACAUCUCAUGAGUGGGUGGAUGAAAAAAGGAAGUAGCAGAUUUCCAUUCAAGUCAAAGCAAGGUGAGAUAAACAUUGCACAUGUUCCAUGCUCGUGUGGCAGGAGGUUGGACAACAAACACUGUGUGUGUUUGAAAGGAAGUGGCUGUCAGCUCAUUUAUUGUCAAAACGGCUGCAUGCAACUCUCACGCAACAAUGUUGCUUUGAAUCCCGACAUGUUCAGAACGGGAUCGGCUCCAGCGUAGAUGUGACAUUCGUGAUGAUGAUGAAACAUCUCACCUCAGCAUCCCCUAAAGGAGGUCAUGGAACAUCACGGUCGUGUUGUGUUUGUGUUGACGGCAAAAGCGAUGAGCGCAGCAAGAUGUACGAGAAGGAACGCAGCCGCCGGUGUGAAUGUAGUCGUCAGGCCCUCAGGUUUUUAACAACGCCCAGUGAUUGAGGCUGUCACGCAUCCAACAUUCAGCAAGGAGAUGGCGAACAAUUCUUUAGUGGUAACAGAAAUCAUAUCAAUAAAUGUGAGCCUUUGUAGAAGUUCUUCACCUCCAACUUGAAGUAUUGACGCUUCACACUGGAGUAGCCAGCACAGAUUAACAAAGGAUGUUUGUUUGGGAUGAAAUUUGAGAAGCAGGGAAGCAGAGAUGAGAGCCUGUACUCGCAAUGAUUUCCCAUAAUGCUUUCAUCUGCUGGUCUCAUCUCACUUACCUCCACCAAGAACAAGGACAGUCUGUGUUGUUGCUUUGGACACGUCUCUCCAUGUUUUCUUCUCUGAUGUUAAAAUGUGGUGCAAAUACCAAUAAAAAUGAGACUAGGGGGAUUGAUUUUUAUCAGCGAAGGGGGUAAAAUGUAGCAGUGGAUGGUGGGAGCGUCCAUUUUAUGGCGUGUUUUGAUUGGUGCUGGAUGAGCCAGAUAAGCUUCAGGUCUAGUCGUGGAGUUUGAAUGGGGAACAGCGGUGUGCAGUCCACUACCAGAAGCACUGGCCUGCAUUUACAACUUCAAUUCUAGUAUUUCUUCCUUGAAAUGUGAUGAAUUUAUUCCCAACAGUCUCUUAUCUUAAUUUCGUGGAGUGUCUCUUGGCUGCACUGCGUCCAGGACGUGUAAGUGUGUGUUAGAUUUUUUUGGUCCAAUCAGGUUUCAGCUUAUAUGUGCUGCCAUGUCAAUGUAAUCUUCCCAGGGCCUUCACAGUCAGGAGUGCUGGCCCCUGUCACUUAAACACCACGAGGCCCACAAAAAUUCCAUUCUCUGAUUGGUUGAGCCGAGCAAAACUGUUGGACAAACAGUCUGUAGCCAUCGGGAAAGGAGAAAAAAGGAUGGCCCAGCUGACUUUGGGUGAGAGGCGAGGUAAUCUCUGGACUGGUCGCCAGCCAAUCACAGGGCACAUACAGACAAACAAUCAUUGACACUCACAUUCAUACCUGUGGAAAGUGUUAGGUCAAACUAAAAUGCAUGUUUUUUAAAUGUGGGAGGAACCCGGAGUUCCUGAAGAAAACCCACAGCCGCACAGGCAGAGCAUGCAAACUCCACACAGAGAUGCCCAACGGAGAUUCCAACCCAAGUCUUCCCGCUCUCCUGACUGUGUGGCCAACAUGCUAAUCACUAGGCCACCGUGCGGCUAAUUAAUCAAUUAAUCACACCUAAUUAUUAGCAGUAAAAGUAGAUGGACUCGUCUAAAGUCUUAACAUUGUCCUCCAUAUGAACCAGGAAGUAGCAUUUUCGCAAAUAAGUAGACUAGCAAACAAGUUUUACAUAAAGGUUUGAUUGCUGUUUUUAUGUGUACAUUAUGAGACUUGCAGAAUGUUUGUACUUCCUGUGUUAAUCUUUCCUUUGGGAGCCAGUGCAGUCUUCAUCAAGAUUCACGCCGUUGCCGUUUUAAACCAAUAAAGUGUGCAGUCACUGACUCCAUCGCAUGGAGUCUAGCAGAGGUCUUUGGUUGUGGUUGCAUGCUUUAUGUUGCACACCACUAUGACCAAGAUGUCUGCUGCCGUGCACGCUCGGACGAGCACAGCAGGCACUCAGAGCGCCGCCCAGGGGCUGCACAGUUCCCAGAUCUGUCACUGGGAUGAGAAUGGGAAACAACAACAAAUCCUCCUGGAGCGCGCUGAGAUGUUAAUCAGCAGUCAGCCCUCCUCGCCCGCCACUUCCUCUAAGGCCUGCUUGACUUUGUGUAAACAUGUACAGGAAGACCUGCUAACAUUUAGGAGGACAUGAACAUCUUUCAAGAAGGUGAUUAAACACAGCUGAUGCAUGGAUGACACUAGUGAUGUGUGGAUUGAUGCUGAAAUAUCGAUACUGCCGAUACCAGCUCCUCAACUCUGAAAUCGAUUCUCAAAUCAAAAUAUUGAUACAUUCAAUAGUUCAGUUAAUUGAAGUAAUGUUUCUCUGACACGGUGGUCUGAUGAAACGUCGACCGAUCGUAAACAGAGCCAUGUGUGAAUUUUGAAUAAAGUCUUAAUUCGAAAAGUAGUUCUCAAUAAUUAAGCAUUUAUUUUGAUUAUUUUACUUCUUUUUUUUUUACUGUUUAAAAUACCAUUUUCACAUAUUUGAUAUGAUUUUGUUUUUCUCUCGUUGUAUAUUAGCUUGGCUAAUUAAUCAUAUAUUUAAUUAAUAGAUUAAUUAAAUAUGUUUGUGCUAUGAGAUGAAAUAUACUACUUUUUAAAAUAUACCAGACACAUUAGGUGAAUUUGUCAAGUAUUGGUAUCGAAUCGGUAUCGCCGAUACCAGUCUGGACUUUAGUCAGUAUCGGUGGUAUCAGUGGUAUCAACGUCAUUCAGUAAUAGACGCUAAAGCAGACAGUAUAGCUAAGCAUAUGUACCUACGGGAACUAUGCUCGCUGUAUCGCUUUAAACGUCAUUUCAUAUAUAUAUAUAUAUAUAUACACAAUUUAAUGUAACAACUAUUUUAUAUUAAAGAUCUCGUGUCUUGUUUAUUUACAAAUGUGUUAAAUUUCGUGCUGCUUGUGAAAACACUUACGUGGUGUCACUGAAAAUCUCGCCAGUUUCACCCAAACCUCGCGAUAUUUUAAGCGUAAACAGAGUGGGUCAUGGCGGAAGUAUGUGUAGUAUGAAGUGUAGUAUGAAGAAGAGAUUCAGCAAGUUUGGUCAUGCUGCAAAUAUGGUGCGCUGCUAUGACCGAAUAGUAAUAUUAAUUACUGACUGUGUGAACACGGAGCCGUUUGACCGGGUUACCCCACAUCUGACUCGGCUGCAUAUACGAGACCCGGCGAUGCCUCAACUACGCUUCAAGGGUCUUUGCGGAGGAAGAUGGAGGGACAUGUGCCCAAGCAGACCGCCUGCGCUUUCUCCACUUCUGAUUUCAAGCGUGUCCGUGUUGAUGCUGGAAUGGGUCGAGCCCCGUGCAACCACAACUUAGGCCACGCCCACUCUUUGCAAGCCUCCUCGGCCAUGGCGGUGCAGAGGAAGAACUACAUGAUGCCACACGACGUGACCUCAGACGUCUUCAGCAUGACCUUGAAGGAAAUGAAGAAAGAACCCGUUGAGGUCCAGUCGUGCGGCCGUUCCCACGCCGAGAUGAUUUUUGAUUUCAAAGAGGAAGGUCAGAUCGACCCGGAGCUCCAGGAUCUUUUUGACGAGCUGACCAAGUCGGUGCCGCCUCUCAACGACCUGGAGUUUGAGAAGAUGCUGAAGCAGGAUGACACUUUUGGUUUGGACCCAGGACGACCCAGCUCAGCGGGAGCAGCAGCCAGCCUGUGCUCCCCCCUGGAGAAGACCAUCAAGAUGGAGCACUCUCCAGAUUACGGUCAGGUCCACAGUGGCUCUCCGCAGCUCCGGCCGGCCUCAGCGGGCCCGUCGUUUACAAUGACCACUUCUUGCACUGCUUCCACCACCACCGCGCAGAAGGUCAACACUCAGGCGGGCCCCCCCAGGUCCAUGCCCUGCUGGCCCGAGAUCUCCCAUGCGGAGCAGCUGAAGCAGAUGGCGGCCAACCAGCACCAGCCCAGCUUGCUACUCCACCACCAUCACCACCACACACUGCCCGCAGGACUGGCAAGUUGGGCGCCCACCAUGAGCACCCACUCCUCCACCAGCACCUUCCCCCAAGACAAAGGGACCAGGCCGAGGCUCCCUCCGCAGAGCAAAGGUGUCAACAACGGCCUUUUCAAGUCCAACGGCCAUCACAUGGAGAUGAAGGCACUCGCCGCCAAACCCGGGCUGCCCUUCAGCCCCAAAUCCACACCCUCCUCAGGCCACAUGAUGCCCUUAGUGGCCAGCUCAGGCAACAAGACGUCCAACCAGCAGGUUUCACCUCCCGACGCCCAGAACCGUCAGCCACUCCACUUCCAGAAUCAGCAGAUGUCCACCUCCACGACACUCCUACAUGGCGGAGUGCUGCCCUUCAAGUUGGCCCACCAACACCAGGGUACCCCUCCUGGGCCCAGGAUGCCUGCUAAUGGAAGCGUUGGCCAGCUGCGCCCCCUAGUGCCCAACCACCCGCUGAAAGGCACCGCCAAAUCUCCCGCCAUGCAGAGACAACUUAGCCAACAACAACAGCGAGGCGUCACCACCGCAGACAAAGACAACCCACAGGAUCAGUUCAGUCGUCAUCUCACCAGGCCGCCACCGGAUUAUAAAAGAAGUGUGGUGGGUGGGAACAUCUUCCCAGGUCCAAACUCGUCCCAGUCUUCCAGCGCUGAGAAGGACCUACCGUGCCACCUCCCGGGUGAGAUGAACUUGUCGCCGUCAGACCACAGAUUUGAGGGUCAUCCUGCCCCCUGCAUCGGACAAUUCCCACAGCACAACAACCAGAGCCGAAUCGCCCCAAACAAUCCCAGAUUUCUGAGUCCAAACACGCAAGGGAGUUCCUUUGGGAUGAAUAACGUAGCGAGUGGGCAACACCCUCAUUCCUCGGUGGUGGCAGGGCAGGGGCUGGGGGGCAUGAUGACCAACAUGGGCUGGUGCUCAGCCAGCAAGCCCGGGACUGCUGGACUCAGAUGCCAAGCUCAGCUGGAACCGCCAAAGCAUCAGUACCAGCAAAGACCCCUUGGACCUCCCAACCAGGUAGCACCAGACAUCAGGAUGCAUUCAAUGAACCCGUCUGUAAGAGACGCAGGUUCGGCCCCCAUCCAGCCAGUGAUUGGCUCCCCGUCCACACCAAAUCUGAAUCAGUCCUCUCCGGAACAGCGGGUGCCGGCGGGAAACUUCCCAGAAGCCGCCUCUAGCAGCUACCAUGGCGGGCGCGCCAACCACGUGACCUUUGACUUCCUCCCAGAGGGAGACAACAUGGUUCCGGGGAUAAACACGGACUCGGAUUUCAUAGAUUCCCUGCUCAAGUCGGGCUCGGGGAACGACGACUGGAUGAAAGAUAUCAACCUGGACGAGAUUCUGGGAAACCACACUUGAAACAUAAACAACGUGACUUGCGUUUGAAAUGUGCUGAUAAUUGUUCAAUUUGCAUUUGCUAAAGUCCACAUAGUUUGUUUUCCAAGUAUACGUCCAAGUUUUGUGUUUACUGUGAAAGGAGUACCGUAAUGUACAUCAUGCAUACAUCAACACAAACCAAACCAAACUCACACUGUGAACACGCUGCUGUGGUGUUGUAUUCACUGUCCAGCCUCAUAUUGUUUUCCUCCACAAUUUUUUUUUUCAUCUGAGCUAGUUUUCAUGACUUUGAAUAAUGUCACUUUUUUGUGAUAUUUAAAAAAUAUUGGGAUAUUAACAAGACAAUAUAAUCCAUUUAAUAAAGUGAUGAAAUUGUUUUGCCAACGUA